AUGGCCGACAAGCGGCCAUCUGUCGAAAGCGACCACGAAGAUGCAUCCCCCAAGAAGCGUCAGAGAGCCAAACCAAAGCUCACGCCAGCACUGUACAAAGCGACUUUGAUAGAGAAGGCCGACUCCGCCUCCAUCAGAGUCACUUCCAGCACAUCAGACGUCGCCGAUGCCAUCUUGCAGCGUAUCAAGAAGUGCCUCGAUCGUGCGAAGAAUGGCCCACAGGACGAACCAGAGACCAAAGCCGCGGUCUACCUCGCUUCAAAGUUGAUGAAGCUGCAUAACCUCGAGAAGGCGGAUGUGCUUGCCCAUGAGACUCCCGAGGAGCAACGCAAGUACGCUGGCAGCAGCGCUGUCUCCAUUCAGCGUGUUGACGGCGACUGUUCCAAGCGAGUCCUCAAGAACACGUACGUGGGCGAUUUGUGCUUAGCAAUGCAGAGCUUCUUUGACUGCGAAUCCUACACCACAGCACCUCGCGUACUGCAGCCCAGCAAGUUGUACCGAAGCUCUGCAGCCGGCGCGCUGGUCGUCACCUUCUAUGGUAUCGCGCAGAGUACGUUGAUGGCGGCCAACGCGUUCGAAAUGGUCUACAACCAAGCUGUUGAGUGGGCGCGCUCGCAGAAAGGCCAGUCCAGCAAGAACAGCUACUGCAUUGGACUAGCCGCCGAGCUUUCGAGGAGGGCCGAGAAGGAGAAAGAAGAGGAGGAGGCUCGGGCCAAGAAGGCUGAUGAGCAUGUCUUGGCUGACCGCAUCAGAAAGGAGAACGAGGAGGCACAGGCGAAGCUUGAUCGCCUCCACGAGCUCAAAGUCGUCAAUGACGAUGCUGGCGCCUCACAGUCCCAGUCAGCUGCCAGCGACUCGCCGGAUCAUGCCAACGACGGAAUGAUCGAGGAUACCCUUUCGCACGUCGAUGCUGUAGAUCCAGUCAUUUCCGACAGCGGAUCUAAUGAUGACGAGGACGGGAGCGAAGCCGGGGGUGAUGCUUUCGAUUAUGGAGACUGGAACGGCUUCAGUGACAAUGAGUCUGUGGCCUCAGACGGAGACUUCAUGGAUGCCGACAUCGUUCGCGAGGAAGAUGAUCAGAUUUGGGAGGAUGAAUUGGAGGUGGACGUCGAUGCACAGAUCGACAAGCUCGCUACAGCGAUGCCCGCACGAGAUUCGCCACCCCUCUCGCCAUCACCAAUGCUCUCACAACCACCGUCGCCAUUGCUUCCGACAGAUCUGCCAUUGCCUGUGACAGACAAGGACGCCGAUGGCAACGUCGAUCCAGCAGCAGAUGCCAGCGCCCAGCCACAGAGACACGACUCGCAGCAAACACCUGUGGAGGACGAAGAUCAAGCCAAUUGGGCCUCUCACAUGCAGCUCAUGACCUUCCGCGAGAACGCCACCAAGAUCGCAGACGACUUUCUCAAGAAUAACGGCGUCGAACUAAGCAAGGGAAGAAAGAGCACAGGCGUGAAAGAUUGGAACGCCUACAAGAAGGGGGCGGAGGACAGCAAGAAGAUCGACAUCCACCGCAAGGCGAUCGCUGCAGAGGCUGAGAAUCCAGAACAAGCAGAAGUUGACUGGGAUGGACCGAAGAAGGAUGCGAAGAUACGUCCAGUGUGGACAUGA